AUUUUUUAAAUUAAACAACAUCAGACCAUGUCUACCACUCCUGCUAAAAGUCCAGAGCGUUUGCACAGCUUCAUACCUAAAGAAACAACAACUCCUAACAAAAAUACACCUGGAAUAUCAAAAACAGUGUUCACCCACAUCUCCGACUUACACAGCUUACUUUCCGACUGGAUACGUCUCCGAGAUAAAGGUACUCGAAUAUGCAAGUCUAUGUCAGCAUUGAAACUGCACGAAUUUACUGAUGGAUAUUAUCCACAAGCAUUGACACCUCUUUCUGAGACGAUAAUGGAUGUUUUGGAGGAUUUAAUGCGUAAUGUUGAAGGUGUAGAAAAAAUAGACAAACAUUUACAGGCCCUAUCCAAGUUACAGCCUUGUAACCAGCCAGUGAUCUUCACCUGGUCUGCUAAACAGAUAUCAGACAAUGUCUCCAAAAUUUGUCAAUCGCUGCAGAAAGAAUUGAAGCUGAAACUGGUUAUUACAGAAAACAUAGCACACUGUCGUGAUGAAUACCUAAUGGAAGUGUACGCAAGUGCAUGGGAAUUUGAAGCUUACUUCGAUAUAGAGUCCAGUUCCUAUUUGUUUGCUGAAGUUGGAAUAACAGGGAUUUCAUAGCACAAGAAUACUUAAAACAUAUUGGACAUUACAGAAGACUCACUUAAGUGAAACAUGUUCAUUGUUCUAGCCGAUUGAAGUGUUUAAGUCAGUAGGUGUAAGUACAUAAUCUGUGAUGAAUUGAUGUAUUUUUGAAUAUUAUAUUUAUUUAUUAAUGAAA